UAACAUGCACUGAUCCAGCCUUGGUCAAAGAAGUCUACUACAGGACAGUUUUAAUAACUAUAUCUGUACUUAUAAUAUAAGUUAUAUGCAAAAAAUAAAAAAGAUGUGUUUUAUAACGAUUAGAAAACGGGAAAGAGUAACUUUACCUACAUUUAGCUUUAUUUUAUAAUUAAUUUAUUGUUAUAUUAUCCCAAAAUACAGGUUUUGUCAAAUCAAUUUCCAGAGUUCACCAGCUCUUCAAAGAAAUGGGUAGUUCUUAGGUGUAUGUUGAGACUGAAGACUGAAAUCAUCACAAAUCUAAUAAAAGACAUACUGUAUAGACUAGUUUUGCCUACUCAGCACAGCCAUGGAGAAAACAGUAGCUAAUGGAAUACACUGGAAUGAUGAAAAUAAUUUAAAAGGUAGUCAAACAAAAUUACAGAAGAGAGGAUCAUCUGGUCAAGAUCAGGAUGGUGGCAAAGAAGAUUAUCAUGGUCAUUCAUUUCCAGAAGGGGGCUGGGGGUGGGUAGUGUGUCUUGCCUCCUUCUGGACAAAUGGGAUCAUCUUUGGUGUGAUGAACUGUUAUGGAGUCAUCUUUGUGGAGCUGAAAGAACGGUUUAAACUAACUCACAGUGAAGAUACUGCAUUUUUUACAUCAUGGGUGGGGUCUAUUUCAGUAGGAACAACUCUUUUACUCUCACCAGUUGCCAGUAUUCUUACAGAUAAACUUGGAAUCAGGAGAACGGCCUUUCUUGGUGGCUUUCUAGCUUCUCUUGGCAUGUUUCUUAGUUCUCUGAUUAACCACUUGGAUUUGCUUUAUCUCACAUAUGGAGUGGUGCUUGGUUCUGGAGCAUCAUUAGCAUACACUCCAUCUUUAGUUAUCCUCGGCCACUACUUCAAACAGCGUCUAAGCUUAGUAAACAGCUUGGUUACAGCAGGGAGUUCUGUAUUCACUACCAUAAUUCCACUCCUCCUGAGAUACUUGUUGGAUGCCAUGGGACUCAUGAAGACCAUGCAGGUUCUGUCUGCUGGUAUGGCUUUGUUAAUGGUGUGUGCUUUGACCUUCACACCUCGUCUUCAUCUUCAUGGUGAAUCUCAUAUUCCUCAUUUUACAUCUUUGGAGAGUUUGAGAGAUCAGAUUUCUCGUUGCCAUCAUUUUUGUCAUCAAAUGCUUGAUUUGAGCAUAUGGAAAAACAAAGCUUAUGUCAUCUGGGUUUCAGCAAUUCCGGUUGCAUUACUUGGCUAUUUUGUGCCUUAUGUUCAUUUGGUUCAACAUGUAAAAGAUAUUCUUCCUGAUGCUAAUGGUGAGGUACUUGUAACUUGUAUAGGACUAACAUCAGGGAUAGGUCGUCUUCUUUUCAGCAAACUUGCAGACUGCCCUAAGGUUAACAGAAUUCACCUUCAACAGGUGGCUUUCAUUUCUAUGGGCCUUCUAACUAUGCUCUUUGUAUUAGCCAAUCAAUUUGCAGUUUUAAUUUUCCUGUGUCUCCUUCUGGGUUUAUUUGAUGGUUGCUUUAUCUCACUCCUGGGUCCUAUUGCUUUUGAUAUUGCUGGCUUCAAAGGCUCUCCUCAAGCUAUUGGUUUUCUCUUGGGACUCUGUUCUAUCCCUCUUACACUGGGACCUCCAAUUGCAGGAAUUUUGUAUGAUCACACAAAGAAUUAUAAAGCAGCUUUUUUAUUGGCUGGGAUACCUCCAAUAAUAGGAGCAUUGCUGAUGUGUCUUAUUAACACUAUUUCUCAGCAAUAUCCUAGUCAAAUGGCAGAACAAUUGGUGGAAGCUGCUGCAGCAGAAACCACCACUGAUGAUGAAGGAAGCUAUGAAACCAUGACCCCUGAUUCAGCUGGGGAAAUAAUUGUGUGGGAAAGAUUAAACGUAGCUGGUGUGAACAGUCCCAAAGAGUCCACACAGGUGACACUUCGUUAUACAGGUGAACAGGUUCAUGGUGAGCUGCAUAAGCACGAUACUUGGUCAAGAUCUGAGAAAAACAAGCCACCUCAGUGCAUAUCAAAUAAAGAAUCAAGUGUUUAGUUUCUUUAUUAUCAGGUAGUUACAGUUAAUUUCACGUAUGUAAAUCAAAGAAAAACGUAGUAGUCAGGGGACAGUUGAAAUAAUUAUAAAACUGAAGAGUAGUUAGAAUGGUCCAACUGGGUAAAGUCAUAGAAAAUGGUGUAGAAGAGAUUGUAAGCUAAACAAAUUUACGAAAUGGGAGAGUUGUAAAACUUGUAAGUUUAUAUGAUAUUAUAUAGAUUGAACAACUAAACUAUUAAUAAAGUUUAAAUAGUAGUUGUGUUACAAUUGGUAUAAUCUCAGAAGGAUGUGUAGAUAAGAUAGGUAAUCUAAUAAAAUAAAAAUAUUUUGAAAUGCUACAACUGUGUAAAUCUCAUAAAGACGGCAUAGGUGGCAUAUUUAAAUCAAUAUUAAAAUAGGACAGUAGUUGAAGGAUUACAACUGAGAAAAUAUCAGAAAGAUAAUGUAAGUGGGAUAGUUAAGUCCAUAUUAAAAUAGGACAGUACUUGAAGUAUUCAGUCUGGGUAGAUAUCAGAAAGAUAAUGUAAGUGGAACAGUAGUUUAAGCAUCACAACUGAGUAAAUGUCAGAAAGAUGAUAUAGAUAAGAUAAUUAGACAUAUUAAAAUGGAAUAGUUCAAGCGUCACAACUGGGUAAGUAUCAGAAAGAUGAUGUAGAUGAGAUAAUUAAACAUAUUAAAAUGGAAUAGUUUAAGCAUCACAACUGGGUAAGUAUCAGAAAGAUGAUGUAGAUGGGAUAAUUAAACAUAUUAAAAUGGAAUAGUUCAAGCGUCACAACUGGGUAAGUAUCAGAAAGAUGAUGUAGAUGGGAUAAUUAGACAUAUUAAAAUGGAAUAGUUCAAGCGUCACAACUGGGUAAGUAUCAGAAAGAUGAUGUAGAUGGGGUAAUUAAACACAGUAAUAAAAGAACACAAUAUCUUGUGUAGCAAUUAGUGAAAAAAACACAUUAAAUGGAAUGAACUGUCAGAAGUCUGAUAUCAGAAAAACUAGUUUUGACAAAUUUAUACAUGCUCUUCCGUCUCACAUUGUCUUCUGGUAGGGAAAAACCGGACAACAAAUGCCUAUGCUAUCCCUGACCUGGGAAUCCCCAUAAGGACACAGAAGGUCAGGAAGUUGUUUAGCUUGAAGUGAACUUGGGAGGUGUUGAAAUUAGGCAGGCUUUUGAUUAAGCAACUUUUGACGAUUAUUCUUUUUAUAUAGUUAUCCAUUUUGUAUAAAAUUCUUGUUGGUUUCCAAUCAAUUUGAUGGUCAGAAUCUCUCAUAUGAAUAAAAAUGGCAUUGUUUUGGUUUCCAGAUUUUAUGUUCAGAAACUCUGGUGUCAACACUUCUGGUUUCACCAACAUAUCCUUUCUCACAGAGUUGGCAUGGUAUAAUAUAAACGCCUUGUUUUUUAUCUUCAGGUGUUUUUCUGUGUGAAGUUAGGUUAUUUUUAAUGGUGUUCAGAUAUCUGUAUAUGAUUCUAAAGUUAUUCUUCCUUAGUAAUGCCCGGCAUGGCCAGGUGGUUAGGGCACUCGAUUCGUAAUCUGCGGGUCGCGGGUUCGAAUCCCCGUCCCACCAAACAUGCUCGCCCUUUCAGUUGUGGGGGCAUUAUA